GAUUGCAAAAAUUAAUAUUUCAAUAUUAUAUGAAAUAAAAUCAGGACCCAUCAGCCUCCAGCGAGUGUGUGUUCGUGAGAAUUUGUGUGAAAAGAAGCUGAUAUUGUGCUUGAAUCAAUGAUGAUGACCGGAACGAGCUAUCCGGCGGCGCCGAUUCCGGUGGCUGUGGUCAGCCCCCAUUUCUGCGUGGGAUAUCCUGUUGAUCUCACCAUCGUUCGUAAACUGAUGACUUUAUCUGAAGGAACUUUCGGAGUGACCGAUGUUAAUGGCAACAUCAUGUUCAGAAUCAAAGGCAAACUCCUCAGCAUCCACGAUCGCCGCGUCUUGCUUGAUGCUGCCGGAACCCCUAUCAUCACUUUCCAGCAAAAGCUGCUCUCUGCACAUCAAAGAUGGCAAGUGUUUAGAGGAGAGAGUACAAAUGCAAAGGAUAUGCUUUUCAGUGUGAGGAAGUCUUCACUCCUUCAAAUGAAGACCAAGUUAGAUGUAUUCAUGGCUGCUAACACCAAAGAAGAUGUAUGCGACUUCAAAAUCGAAGGCAGCUGGUUCGAGAGAUCGUGCGUCAUUUAUGCUGGAAACUCAAAUAAUAUCAUUGCUCAAAUGCACAGGAAACACAGUGCACAAAGUAUUCUACUUGGGAAAGAUACAUUUGGGGUGACUGUGUAUCCUAAUGUGGAUUACGCCUUCAUCGUUUCGCUUGUCGUCAUCCUUGAGGAAAUUAACCAGGACAGAUCAGGUGAGGAUUAAUGUCUAAAUUUAACGAGUUUGCGUUUUGAAUAAGUCCUUUAGACCCUUUGUUUUGAUUUUUAAGGGCUUUAUGGUUUUGUAAUUAGUGUACUAUGUUUGCUGUAUUUUACCUUAAUAUGUCUACUAAGCCUCGUUUGGUUACCAA